AUGGAUGCUAUCUACCACGUGAACCGUUUCUACCUCUUUCUAAAGCAAGCUUGCAUUAAUAUUCAAUAUGAUUUUGAUUCUUGGUCCCCAGGAAAAAAACUGAGGUGCCUUAGACCACGUCAAUGGUUGGGCGAUCAGAUCAUUAAUAUUUAUCUGGCAUUCCUGGAAGAAAAGGAAGUUAAAGAACCAAAGAAUUUUCUAAGAUGUCGUUUGUUCAAUACAUUUUUCUUCAAAAAGAUAUUUAUCCUUAUUCUUAUGGACAACCAUUGGAUGUUGGCUGUUAUUAAUGUAAAUGACAAGAAAUUUCAAUAUCUCGACUCAUUGAAAGGAAGCGAGCCUAAAAUCCUCGAUGCACUGUGGAAACAAGAAAUUGUCCAGAGCCUUCCCGAGCAGAAAAAUGGAAUGUUUAUGCUGAAAUACAUCAACUUCUACAAUAGAGACCUGGAUUUGUGUAUCACUCAGGACAGCGAAGGAGAUUCUGCGACUAAAAGCUGA